UAUGAAACUUUUUAAGCUGUUCUGUAUAUAAGCCAGAGCAGCAGACCGAUCUAUAACAAAAGAAAAAAGAAAAACACUGCUGAAAAACAGUCUUUGCUUUAGAGCUAUACUUAAUCAUCAUAUAAUAUAUAUCCAAGACAUGUCGGACGAUAUACCAGUUGAUAGUCAAGGAAUUGUAACUGAAUCUGAGGUUCCAGUAUCUGAGCCAGUUCAUGCUGUAUCUAAUGAUGAAGAUAGUCAAAGAUUGGAAGAAUUGGAUAAGCAAGCUCAAAGAUUGCGAGCCGAAUUAAACAGUGAAUCAGGACAUCCAGCACCACAAACUGAUGAAGAAAAAAGAGAUAUUGAUGCUAGAUCUGUUUAUAUUGGAAAUGUUGAUUAUGGUGCUACUCCUUAUGAAUUAAGAGAACAUUUUGGUACCGUGGGUAAUGUUCAAAGAGUAACAAUAUUAAUGAAUAGAUUUACAGGUCAACCAAAGGGUUUUGCAUAUCUUGAAUUUGCUGAUUAUGAUGCUGUUAAUAAAGCCGUUGCUACAUUGGAUGGUAGUACAUUCAGAGAAAGAGAAUUAAAAGUUACUGCUAAAAGAACAAAUAUACCAGGUAUAAGUACCACUAAUAGAGGAGGAUCUUCGAGAGGUGGUAGAGGUGGUAGAGGUGGUAGAGGUGCCAGAGGAAGAGGAAGAGGUAGAGGUGGAUUUAGGGGUGGAAAUAGAUUCACCCCUUACUAGAGUACUCGGUUCAAGUUAACGGUAAUGUGUAUUAUAACAA